AUGGAUGAAAUUUCUCAUUCUGAUGAUGUUGAUAAUUUGGAAGAUGUGGAAGAUUUGGAAGAAGAUGAUCACCAAACUAAAGUUAAAGGGAAACGACCAAUAUCCAAUUCAAGCAACCAUCCUACGACCCAAGGUAAAAAGUGUAAACAAACUGGACCUAUUAAUCUUUAUUUUAUGAAAGAUGUCGAUGAAAUUGUCAAACAAAGACUUGCAAAAAGCAAAGGACAAUUUGAUGAAAAUAAAAAGAAGUUACGAGAUAUUGCAGUUGAGAAAUUUGCAAGAUGGAUGUAUGAUGCUGGAAUUUCCUUCAAUACUGUUAAAUAUGAUUCUUUUGAGCCUUGUAUUGAAGCUAUUGGACAAUUUGAAUCAGGGAUGAAACCUCCAUCAUAUCAUGAAGUGAGGGUUAAGUAUUUGAAGAAGGAGUUGGCAAAUACGAACUCACUUCUCAAAUCCCAUGAAAAAGAUUAUGCUAAGUUUGGGUGCACAAUCAUGGCAGAUGGAUGGACAGAUAAAAAGGGUAGAACUCUUAUAAAUUUUUUGGUGAAUGAUCCCAAAGGAAGUGUAUUUGUUGAAUCAGUUGAUGCUUCAGGCUAUUCUCACACAGCAGACAAAAUGUUUGAGUUGCUUUCUAAAUUUGUGUAUCGCAUUGGAGAAAAAAAUGUGGUUCAGAUUGCAAUAGAUAAUGCAAGCUGCAAUGUCAGUGCAGCUCAUUGUUUAGAUUUGUUGCUCGAGGAUAUAUUCAAAAUUCCUCAUCUCAGAAAAUUGCAUGAACGAGCGUUGAUGGUGAAUGGUUAUAUUUACAACAGACCACAAGUAUUGAGCAUGAUAAGAGAGUUUACUGGACAGAGAGACAUGCAAUUUCAUGUACAACAAGCAAAUCUGAGAAAGAUGUUUACAUCUGAAAAGUGGGCAAAUAGUCAAUUUUCCAAAGAGGUCACAGGAAAACGUGUAGCAGAAGUGAUAUUGAUGCCUUCUUUUUGGAAAAAUAUGAUUUUUGCAUUAAAAGUUGGUGGUCCAUUGGUGAAAGUAUUACGGCUGGUAGACGGUGAAAAACAGUCUCCUAUGGGUUAUAUUUAUGAGGCAAUGGACAGGGCCAAAGAAGCUAUCGCUGCGUCAUUUAAUAAUAAUGAAGAGAAAUAUCGUAACAUUUUUGAAUUCAUUGACAAAAGAUGGAACAUUCAACUCCAUCAACUUUUGCAUGCAGCCGGAUAUUUCUUGAAUCCAGAGUGUUUUUACUCAAACCCUGAUAUAGAAAAUGAUACAGAAGUGAUGGAGGGUUUGUACAAGUGCAUAUCUAGAUUGGUGAGAGAGAUAGAUGAUAGUAAUGAAUGGUUGUUGGAAAAAUUGGAUGACAGUGAUAAAGACAAUGAUAAUGAUUUUGUCUUUGAAGGUGAAGAUUUGCGUUGGAGUGAUGUAGCACAAGCAUCUGGGGUUGGUGAAAGUACAUAUGACUUUCGAUCUUGA